UGAUCUUCGUUUGUGUUGGUCUUAAUAAAAGUCAUUACCAACUGACUCUGAGUUUUGGCGUACUGCAUCUGGGUUCAAACACACCCCGUUUCAAGUGGUGAGAUGAAGUGCAUCAUUCUAAACUGAAGUUAACGGAAGCGAUCUCUCUCUCUCUCAGGGAGGUUAUAACUUGACGUCGAUAUCCGAUUCCAUGGCGAUGUGCACCAGCGUGUUGCUAGGUGACCCCCCUCCCUCCUUGGUGACGCCCCUCCCCCCUCCGCAUCACUGCGCCGUGGCAACAAUCAACGGGGUCAUCCGACACCACGCCCCCUUCUGGAGGUCGCUGAGGAUACACAUCCCAGAGUCUGUGCGGGCGUCUCUUCCCUCCCCGAGGCAUCGUGGGAAACGUAGUUCUAAAGGCAAAGGCAGGAAGUCAGAGCCGAGCAGCAGGGACAGACCGCCGCUGCCCCAUGCAGGACCGGAGGACGCAGCGACGGAGAGCGGGCUGGAGCAGCUCACACAGGGAUUGGCCAGUUUGGACAUCAGUGAAAUCUCAGCCAAUCACUCUCCUGCUACGUCCACGUGGGUGGGCGGGGCCAGGCCGAAGGUCCGCCUCAGUUCGGAGAAGGUCAUCUGUGAAGGUGACGUGGCGGCGGAGUCAGGUGAAGUCAGACCUGAGCAGAGCCAAUCAGAGAGGAGCACUCAGCCUCAGGCUGUUGCCGUGGCAGCCACAGAGUCUGUUGCCCAUGGAGACAAGGCUGCAGGGGGAGCAGGGGCGGAGUCAGAGACAGAGGGAGCGUGUGGUUGGUCGAAGCCUGAGACGUCUCUGGAGCUGAUCUGUGGAGGACAGACUGACACUCUGUACAUGGUUGACCCCCUGUCCUUGUGUCCUCACCUGGACGCUGUCAAGCCCCCCCCCCCCCCCUCAGGUACAGCUGUCCCCCAGUCAUGCCAGGACUGCGGCUCGGAUGCUGAGAACUGGACCUGUCUCACCUGCUACCAGGUGUGCUGCGGUCGUUAUGUUAAUGAGCACAUGGUGUGUCACGGUGUUGUGUCUGAACACCCGCUGGUGCUGAGCUUCAGUGACCUGUCCGUGUGGUGUUACCUGUGGGUGGAC